AUGGAGGCAGAGGACCGGGCGCCCUUUCCGAAUGCCUGGAAUGCCGGGCCAGCAGGGCCUGCAGGGCCAGGUGGCAAAGGGAACGGGAAAGGCAAGGGUAAAGGCGGCAAAGGCGGCAAAGGCGGCCAAGGCAAAGGCAAGGGCGGCAAAGGCAAGGGCAAUGGCAAGAAGGGCAACGAGGAGCUGUCUGAGGACCGAGAGAAUGCCUUGCGUAGCGCUUUGGAAGCCCUUGCCCAGGGCACAGAGCCUGAUGCCACGCCUCGUGUUGGGGACGUGGUGGAGCUUCGAAUCCUAGGCGGGGACCGUGCAGAGCUCCAUGGUCGGCGUGGCCGUGUUGUCGGGGCCGUGCAACCAGGUGCUACGAAGAGCCUGCAUUCCGGUGCCUACACGUUGCGUCUCGAUGAAGUGGAUGGCAGAGAACGGGAGGUGACAGCUCCGGCCAGUGACUUGCGUGUGGUGGAGGCCUCGAUGCCACUCCCGGAAGCGUCGAUGAGUUUCCCGAAGAGCCUGAGCGGCCUAGAGCGGAAGGCAGUGCAUGCUGCUGCUGAGGCACUCGGCCUCGUUUCCCAAAGCUUCGGCCAGGGUCCGGAGCGCUACAUCACUGUCUUCCGCGCUGCUGCCGUCACUGCGGCCACUGCGGCCGCUCCGGCCACGGCGGCCACUCCCACCCACACCGAUGGCAUCGACGGCACUGAGACGGAGAGGAUUGGAGAUGAGCUCGUGGAGUCCUCAGGUGUGGAGCUGGACGAAGUGAGCCGAGAGCAGCUGUUGCACAGCCUCGCAGUACCGGAAGACUGGCAGGUAUUUGCAGACCGCUGCGAGCUGUGCCGCGGUCCUCUCAACAGUCCGAGCAGUCUGGGUGGCCCCAAUUCCGUUGCCGCCGACAUGGCGGGACAGAUCCGACAGCUGGCUGAAGCGAACUGGGCGAACGGCCGGGCGAAUGGCCGCGCGAAUGCUGAGCUUCGUGUGGUCUCAUUGGCCCGAGGAGCCGAGGCAAAGCAGCGAACAGGUGACCGGGCCAUCGCCGUUGGUGUGGUGGGCAUGCCCGCCUUGGCGCGGAACCCACAGGUGCUGGUGGCAGCUUCCCCCGGCACCAGCCGAAAAGCUGCCUCCGCCUCCCUGCGAUCCUGGAAUUCUUGGGCAUCAGCGCCGUUGGUGCUCCGCGGCCGGCUCACGCAGUGGGUGGCGCCCGUUGAGGUGUCCACACACGCAAACUUGCGCGCACGCGAGCACGCGCGGGGCAGAGCUCUCCAUGCGGAGAAGCAGGCUCCGCCGGCAGGUUUCCCAGGCACCUCCGAGGCCGCGGUGGUCUUCGGCGCCCAGGCGACAGCUCUACCUGCACUCUGGCGAAAGCGCUCCAUAGUGGAGUUGGGCUGCGGCACGGGCUAUGUCGGGCUUCUCCUGGCGAACCUGGGCGCGCGGGUGACCCUCACAGACCUGCCAGUCUUUGAGGAUACGGCCAUGGCCUCUAUCUUGGCCUCAGGGGCCGACAUCAGGCCCCCGGGCAGUGCGACUUUUUGCUGCCUUGACUGGUCACGCCCUGACGCGUCACAGCAUGCAGCGGCCGCGCUCCGCGGCGCCGACGUCCUCGUCGCCGCAGAGCCGGUCACUUGCCAGCACUCUCAGAAUCAUUUCCUUGGGCUGCUGAAAACUGUGCUCGGCAUUGGUGGUGGAGGCGCACGACUUUGCCCUCGUUUGGAAGGUUUCCUGGUGGCACACAAGCACCAGCAGAACUUCUGCAUAGGAGGCUACAGUGCCCCCUCACUCCAAGCAGCUCCUGGCAUCGCGCUCUCAGACAGCUGCGACCGCUGCACCUUCCGUCGACAGUUAUGGGAUGCAGGACGGCUAUGA